AUGGCGGUGCUGCCGCCGUUCAAUUUCCUCACCCUCCAUUACGCCUAUUUCAUCGCCACCCCGCUGAUUUGCAGUAUCAUCUUCUGGGGUUCCGCGACUCCCUCACGGAGUGUUGAUUAUGCAGAUGCGCUUUUCAUGUGCGUCAGUGCCAUGACUGGUGCUGGAUUGAACACUGUGGACCUCUCCUCCCUAAAUAUGUUCCAACAGUCCAUUCUUUUUACCCUUCUGAUCCUAGGACAUGCCAUUUUGAUCUCAAUCACGGUCCUAUUUGUGCGCAAGAGAGCAUUCCAGCUCAAAUUCAAGACCGUUUCAGACAGGUCUGCCGCAAGAAAUUUUUUGGGGCAGUCCAAUCCUGAGGGAGAGACCAAAACACACACUUCGCAACCGGGAGAUCCCCAUAGUGCUGCAGAUGCCAAGGCGUUCGCCACCGAAAAUGCCCCUUUAGAAUCUUCCAAUGCGGUUGGCGAUGACCACAUUCGAUGGGUCGAUGACGACCAAGUCACUGUUGGCCAUAUGCAGCCACGUCACCAUCAUCACCACAGAGUCUUCCCUAUGGCAGGAGUGGGCGCUCGACUCGAUCUGAAUAACCAUCCGAGAGAUGUAGCUCCCACUUUGCUUUUGAACGAAGAGUCAGACGAGAUCCCGCGGUUGAAGGGGGUUCUAAGAGACACACAGAAAUAUUUCGCUUCAAAAGGCUUCAUCUCACGAAACUCCCAGUUUCAUGGUCUUACGCUUGAGGAACGUGAGAAACUAGGCGGUGUCGAGUACAAGGCGGUUUCCUUCUUGUCGGUCAUCGUUCUGCUAUACUGGGCGAUGUUCCUGAUCAUUGGCAUUGUUGGAGUCGGUGGCUGGCUGGAAGCAAACCACCCAGAGAUUCCUCGGGCAAAUGGCCUGUCGCCCUUCUGGACUGGCGCUUUCUUUGCUGUUUCUGCGUUUGUCAACUGUGGAAUGUCCCUUUUGGAUGCGAACAUGACCGCCCUUCAAACAAAUGCGUACCCACUUCUUACAAUGGGCUUGUUGGUUCUUGCAGGAAAUACUCUCUACCCUUGCAUUUUACGAUUCAUCAUCUGGACUAUGAGGCGCUUGAUGACGAAUCGGCUAUCGUGGGAGACGUGGAAGGUCACUUUGGAUUUUAUCCUCGACCAUCCCAGAAGGGUUUACACUAAUCUCUUCCCCGUCCGUCAUACAUGGUACCUUCUAGGGACCAUCAUCAUUUUGAAUGGAAUUGACUGGGCCUGUUUCGAGAUUCUUGCGAUUGGAAAUAAAGACAUAGAGACACUGCCGGCAGGCUAUCGCAUCUUAGAUGGGCUGUUCCAGGCUUUGGCUGUGCGCUCUGGAGGGUUCUAUGUUGUAACUAUCUCUGAAUUGCGUCAGGGUCUACUUGUGUUAUACGUCCUCAUGAUGUAUGUCUCGGCGUUCCCAGUAUUGGUGACCAUGAGAAACACCAACGUCUACGAAGAGCGCUCUCUAGGCAUUUAUGCCUCGGACGAACCGCUCGACGCACUCGGCAGCCAAUCCCCCAAUAUUUUCGUGAGCCUAAUCCGACAUCACCUCCUCGGACGCCAGGAUGUCUCAACCACCGAGUCUUCGCGCAGCUACUUCGUUCACCAACAGAUCCGCUCCCAACUCAGCCACGACAUCUGGUGGAUCGCCCUCGCAGUCCUCUUCAUUGCCAUCGCAGAGUCCCCGCACUACUCCGAGAACCCGGUCGCCUACUCAACCUUCAACAUCAUUUUCGAGGUUGUCUCCGCGUACGGCUGCGUCGGCAUCAGCGUCGGCUUUCCAGGAAAAAAUUACUCGUUUUGCGGCUCGUGGCAUACCAUCAGCAAGCUGAUUCUGGCGGCUGUUACACUGAGGGGACGUCACAGGGGUCUUCCUGUUGCUAUUGAUCAGGCAGUAAUGCUGCCCAAUGAAUCGCUCGCUUGGGCAGAGGAGGAAGAUGCUGUUCUGAGACGUGAGCAGACGCGUACGUAUGGAAGUGAAAAGAUGCCUGUAGGAACGGUUUAG